AUGAAAUUUCUCUCUGAAAGCAGCGCUUUCGUCGCGCUUCUUUCUGUAGCCACAGUAACCUGCCUUGGCGUCGUUCCGAUACCCAACGAUCAAGCCAAGAGCGUUAAGACUAAAUUUGACGGUAAUUUCCAUUAUUAAAAUGGGUUCUUAUUCAAAAUAGAAUUAAUGUAUUUCCAGACUAUGCCGAACAUUAUCUUCUACCAGACGAUUUUGUGAACGCCGCCAACUCUCCGGGUAGGUUUGCAAGUAUUCUGAAGAUAGGGACCGCAAGGCCACACCCCUUCGCUGACCAAAAAACGUCGUAUAUUUCGUUGCAUUUUUGACAUUUCAUUGUUGUUUAUGCAGUUUCCCUGAACCGUUUUGGGAAAAAAUUGAGGGAAACAUACAAUCAGCUAUGCUCUACAAUUCUACAUAGAAGAAAUAGCUGUAAAUAAAAAAAGGAUCGGUUAAAAUGACGUUUUUUCGCGACGCCUUUGUGCGAAAAAGUGGAAAAACGUUGAAUACUUACAAUCCCGCUCGUAGGCAAGCUAUUUUUUUCUUAUUUUUGUUAAGCAUGUAAAAAAAUACACCAUAUAAGUAAAAAAAUAAAAAGAUUCCUGCUUGUGCUUUCAAAUAUCGAAGCGUCGGAAAAAUCGCAACUUUCGAAAUUCGGGAACUUUGGCAUUUUUCCGCGAAACAUCGUAAAAAAUGUUUUUUUGAACUGUUCUCUAUAAAUUUUAGAACAUUUUGAAAAAUAAAAAAACCAAAUUUUCAUUCCAACCUUAAUUUUAAAAAAAUAAGUUUUGAUUUUUUUGAUUUUUUUGAAACACUUGGAAAAAGUGUUUUUAGCAGUCGUAGGCAAAUUAUUUUUUUUCUUAUUUUGAUUUGAUUUACUUUUUUUCUUCAACAUAGUCAAAAAAAUAAAAAAAUCCUGCUUGUGCUUUCAAAAAUUUGAUUCAUUCUAACGAUAAAAAAACAGCGUCCUGCAUUUGCGCGUUGGCGAAAUUGUGCAUUCACCGACCCACGAAAAAUUCCGAAUUCGCGAUGUUUUUCAAAGCAAAAAAAUAGCGUAAAACUUUUUUUGAAAUGAGUCAAAAAUGUUCAGUAAUGUAAUUCGGAAAAACAAAAUAGAACUUCACAUGCUUUUCCAGAACAAAAAAAUUAUUUUUAGUAUCGCCAAACUCCCACUAUCCGGAUUCCACUGGAAAACACGUUCAAAGUCGGGAAAUUCACCUGAAUAGUACUUAAACGUGGAUUUUAAUGAGUUGAGCGCAUUUAAAAAGUGCUGUAUUGCUACAAGAAUGGUUAUAAAAGUCAUUAAUAAUUAAUUUAUUCGUGUUUCUAUGGAUUCACAACCUUUUAUUGGUUCCGAAUUCUGUAUCGAAUCUUGUUUCAGGGAGAAUUUGCGUUUAUCCGUGCUUUCUAAUGAUAUUUUAACAGUUUUGAACAUCAAAAGCAUUGAAAACUCCGUAAAUAUUAAUUUUGUUUUUUUUGCCGUUGAAAAUCGUUCAACUUAUUCUUUCUCAGUGUUUAUUUUUGCUGGUCCUCAUCUUUGGACAUUGUUCUAUCAUUUCCAAUAAUGAAAAAAACUAUCAUUAGUGUGUUUUAGUGCGAAAAAAAUUAACAAGAAACUUUUUCUCUAAUUUUUUUUACUGGUCUUUGAGAGCGCGCCGCACCCUUGCAACGCCCACUUUUUUCGCGACCUCGACCAAAUUUUCUACAGAGAAUUGAAAUCGCGAAACGCGCGCUUUAAUGGCUGUAACUUCGUUCAGAGUCAAUAUUUUUUCCAAGAUCUCUUUUUUUUAAAGUUGCCAGGACUAUGAAGUACACGGUCAUAUGCAAAUCAUUUAAAUCUGAUGGUUUCUAGAAAACUGCCUGCGGUCCCUAUCUGAAGAACUUUAAAAUGUCUUUUAACAUUUUCAAACUUCCAAUCAAAACCGAAAGAUUCUGUUAGUUCAAAAUCAGUUCAUCUCUAUUAAUUACAACGGAGGGUGUUAGAUUUAUUAUAGCCCAUUCCGCGCCAGCUUCUCUCAAUUUUUAGUUUCCUCUGAGCAACAAAAACCUUUUCUUCGAUGUACGUGACAUAACCCUGAGCAUGCGCUUUCUAUUUUUCCUAAAUUUUCUGUUUUAUUAAUGGCGCAUACACAGAGACAGGUCCCGCACUUCGAAGGGAAGCUUCCCGGAAAGGUUCUAUUGCUCAGAGGAAAAUGAAGACCAUGGCCAACUGGCGUAGAAUUAGCUAUACUUAAGAAAAGUUCGUGAAACCUACGAUCUUUCAGUGGCGAAACCGUCGCCGGCGGAGAUCGAAGCAAUGCAGAAUUCGCUGCUCUUCGAAGGCGACAUUAUCGGAAUCCCAAGCGACACCGACGCUGUCAUUUCGAAGCGGAUGCGCGACGAUCCGCUGCUCGACGAGGACGAAAUCUUCCGCAAGCCGGUAUUUUUUGUGAAGAAAUUUUCUUGAACUUCAAACGUUGCUCAAAAAAAGUAUCGAAAAGGAAAAAGUAGACGUAAUUUUCUACUUACAUCUUAUCUCACGCGCACGUUUUUAUAGAGAAAUAUUGGAUUUUAAAACAAAUCAACUAUGGUUUCUCGUUUCGAAACUUCUGCCCACUAUUGCACGAGUCAAUUUCAGUACCACAGCUCUCUAAACCUGGUCACUUAUCCUGACAAGCUCUGGACUGACGGACAAGUACCUUACAUGCUUGAGGAGGGCAUGACCAAUGAGUUAGUUUCUCAGAAACGUCUUUUUUUUCAUCUUCCCAGACGUUUCUUUUUUUUUAUUUCUCCUUUUCAGUCAACGAGCGGCGAUCGCUCAGGCCUUCGACGAGUACAAACAGAAGACUUGCGUGAGAUUCGUGCCGAGGACUGACGACGACUUCGACUACAUCUACGUGAAGCGCAACGUCGCCUUCGGUUGCUCUUCUUAUGUCGGACGCGCCGGAGGAAAUCAGACCGUCUCGCUCGAGGUCGACAAAUGCUUCUCCAAGGUUUUUUUUUUUACAUUUUCCUGAGAACCAUCAUCUCAUCCGCCUGAACUUCCUGUGGUUUUUUGAUCCUUCAACGAUAAUCUGAGUGAUAUUUAUUUUUCUGAAUGAAGGGUUUUAGUUAGAGAUUCGAAAAUUUUCAUGAAAUGUUCUCAAGGGCCUGUGAAGCUCUAGAUAAAACUACCUUAUUGGUUCUACUCUCGAAUGCUGAGCAGGGUAACCCAGCCGUGCUAACACGGGGUCUCCACGGGUGCCCCCGUAUUAAACCCGUAUAAGCCCAGCUGAUAGAACUUUUGGCACUUUUUAGCCCAACUGAGACCCCGCUUUAGCCCAGCUGGGUUACAUAUUUUUCUUACACCCGUUGUUCCCCCGUUUUAGCCCAACUGAGACUAAAAUAACCUCAGAAACACGGGUUUCUUACGGGUACACCCGUUGAGACACCUGCUCAGCAUGCGAGCUUGCGCGAACUUUUCUUUUGAAGAUUUAAAUUAUCGAAGUUCGUGUUCAACCCUGAAUCACCUUGUAAGCAAUUCUUUGAAGUUCUCAAAAAUCAUAUUUCCAGAAUAAAGUUCUAUGAUGGAUGAGUCCUUUUCAGAAUGACAUCUAGGCCUACUUUUCAAAAAAAAAAAUCAUGUUGGUUUUCGAUAUCAACAAGCAAUUUAUCACCCUUGUUUCAAAAAAAAAAACAACCCAGACGUCAGGGUUUUUUUAGAUUUUCAAGAAACUUAUCAAAAAAUGAAUAUAAAUCGUGAAAAACUCAGGGAAUAAUCGCUCACGAGCUGAUGCACGCUCUGGGCUUCUUCCACGAACAUUCUCGCACGGACCGAGAUCAGUUCGUGGACAUCGUCGAGGAAAACAUCCGUCCAGGUCUGAAACAAUCCCAUUUCCCCUCCAUUCAAAAAUAAUUCACAGGAAUGAUGCGCAACUUCGAAAAGUACCCAAGAAAGAUCAUCGACCCACUGGGAAUGCCUUAUGACUACGAAUCUGUGAUGCACUAUCACAAGCUCGCGUUCUCUCGCAAUGGAAAGUCGACAAUCGUGCCGAAAGACGCGUCGGCUGAAGUUGGACAACGUUACAAGCUGUCGGAGGUCGACGCCAGGAAGGUUUGUUCCAAAUCGGACUUGCCCUAGAAAACUAAGUCUUUGAAUGAGUUCCGCUGACGAACGAAUGUUCUUAGCUCACAGGGGGACUACUGAUUGAGAUUAUGCUCACUAGAUGUAUUUUUUAACGCUGAUUCCGAAUCUGCUCCUGAAAACUGCCUUCGAGGCCUUUGAAAAAAGUAACGGCCUCUCAAAGUCGAGAAGUUUGAUGUACUCUAUUUUGAAUCAAUGUAAGUUAUUUUUUCAUGACUUCAUUUUUCAGAUCAACAAGCUCUACCAAUGCGGAGAGUUCUCAAAAACGACGACCACCUCGACGACCACAACUACCACGACGACAACUGCGCCGACGACGACUACCAACGAACUGACUACCAGUGAAGAAAGCGAAGAGGUUUUUAUUCUUUUUUUUGAUUUUUUUACUUGACAGGCAUACAUGGGGAAACAGGGGAGGUAAGGGAGGUAAUUAUUGACUUCAAUUUCAGAAGAUUUGGGGAGAAAAUCAAGAAAAUGGUCAACUUGAGCCAGUUUUUUCUCAAUCUUUUUUCCAGCUUGUUUUUCGCCCAUUCUCAACUUUGCGGACCAAACCGCCCGGGGGUAACGGCUUCAGUAUGCGGCGCGGCCCGAGGCGCCUCGUCGGCAACUUUGUAAAAAACCAUCCUUAAAAAGUUUUCGUUCAGAGUUUUAUUUGCGAAUCAAAUCUCUUAGAUCUUAUUUCAACUUCAAUAUAAUUGUCGUUCACACCUCAGAUUGAGUCGACGACUAAGACUGGAGCGAAAAGUUCAACAACGUCUCGUCCAACUACAACCACAACCGCUACCACUACAACUACUACCACGGAGGUUCCGAAGCCCAAGAGAAGUCGGAAGAUAGUUUUGAAUAUUCAAAAAAUAUUAUCUUAAGAAUGCGAAGACCUCAACGCCCACUGCGGCAUGUGGGAACAGCUCGGCCACUGUCAGCACUCUGUCAAGUACAUGACGCACUAUUGCCGCAAGGCUUGCGGCUUCUGCGACGAAGACACCAAAACUAGUGCGUCUUUUGAUAUUCCUGAACUUUUCCGAAUAUCACUCAAAGUAGGGUUCGAGUUAUAGCCAAUAAAAAGGGACCUGAAACGUUUAAAAAAAAACAUAGUGCCUUUUUUGAACUUUAUGGGACAUGGCUAUAACCAAGUUUUCAGCGACGCCUAAGCCAACGAGCCCGACGAGAGGGACAGAAAAAGCCACGACGACGGCAACCAAGGAGGAAAAGGAAACGAAAAAGGAGAAAGAGAAGGUUGAGGUCAAGGAGAAGGAGAAGCUGGAAAAGUGCGAGGACAAGAACUUGUUCUGCGGCUACUGGGCCAAGAUCGGCGAGUGCAAAAGCGAGAGCAAGUUCAUGAAGAUCUUCUGCAAGGCUUCUUGCGGCCGUUGCUAG